AAAGAUUGGGGACUUCGGUAGACUUCCGGUUAGAGAUAAGCAGAGGAAAAGGUUCCUACCCGAUCUGUAUAAAUAGUCGGGAAAACCUGAGGGUAAGACACAGUUCAACUGAAUUCCUCAACAUGCAUACCUUGCGUCUACUGGUUCUACUUGGUCUUCUGAUGGCAGCGGCUCAGGCCGGAAUCAUUGACAGUGGAGUGGCGACGGAACAGGUGAAGGUUCCACCCGCCCUGCAGAUUGGUGCUUCCCCGGAAGCAAUCAAACCUGUGGAAGCAGUGGAAGUGGAGAAACUAAAGGAAAUCCUGGGGAUUCAGGAGAACCAAGUGAUUCCGGAGGAGAAGCAAGUGCUUCAAGAGGAAACCCAAGUGAUUCAGGCCAACCAGGAAACGCCAGAAGUUAAGUCUGAAAUCAACCAGCGGGAGCAGCAGCAGAAGGAACAGGCUACAGGUCCAAUUAUCCCGAAGGAAGAGCAACAGAAGCCACAGCCAGAGCAGCCCAAGGAACAGGCAGAGCAGCCAAAGGGACAGAUCAAAGGCCGCGAGAUCGAGCUGGUCUUCGAGCAGCCCGGACAAACCCUGCUGCAGUACGACAAUGUGGGCCAACUCCAGGGGUUGCCCAGUCUGGACAAGAUCUUCAAGUAUCCGGGAGCGCAACAAUUUAAUGUCACCGAUGCUCAGUACUCGCAUCUCUUCAACAAAUUCCAGACGGGCAACAAGGUGGAGUUCGUGCCCACAUGGAACACCACGGGCGCCAAUGUGACACAGCACAUACACAAUCACACGCACUUCUAUCAGAACCAGAAGAAGCCAUUCCCCUUCCUGCCCAAUCUCUUCGAGAAGCAGGAGACGACCUAUGUGAACGGCACUUCUCCGUCGGGCAACGUGACCUACGUCUAUGAGGACGGAAAACCAUCGGGAGGAGGCGCAUUUCCAUUCCCUCCACUGCCCAAUCCCUUCACCGAUUUCCCCAAGGUUGUGGGACUCAGCUUGGUGCUGCUACCCAAUCCAUUCUACAAGGGACAGUCCGCCAGUGGAAACCCACACCCGAAAAGCUACCAGUACUUUGAGAAGUUCCGCGGCUUUGGCGAUGAGUCAUCAUCCAACCAGCAGCAGAAUCAACAACAGAAGACCGGCAAUCGUUUCUACUUGAUCUCCAAUCCACUGCUGAACCAAGCCUCCGAGGAAGGUCGUGGCGAAAAGGGACAGAACACAAAUGUCCUACUGCCCGUGAAUCUGGCUGCCUUGCCGCUGCUGGUACCUGCACCAGAGGCGAGCCAGGAGACGGCACCCAAGGAGGAACCGACUGUGGGCACCAUUAAGAUCGAGGAUCUACUGAAGACAUCCAAGUUCUAUGUGGGGCAACCGCUGCAGUUCCCUGGGGGCAAUGGUAUUGGCAUAGGCAAUGGACAAAAGCAGAGCCAGAAUGCAGCCAUUCAGCAGUUGAUUCUCGCUCAACUAAACCAACAACAGAAACAGCAGCAGCAACUGAAGUUGCCCCUCAAGGACCAAAGUCGCUCACAGUCUGCUGUUGUGCCUGUGGAGGAGGGAGAGGAGAGCUCUGUUCUAUUUGCAGUGGAAAUACCCAAACCCAUUUAUCGCUUCUUCAAGGGAAUCUUUGGGGGAUUCUCUGGCUAACUCAAAUAUCUUUUAAUGAUCACCAGAAUGGACCAAUCAACGACCAAGGAACCCCUCUAACUAGAUUUAAUAUUUGUACUAAAAACUGAAGCCUAUGCUUGGUAUCCUUAUGAUAACCAAAUGGUUUUCUUCCAUAGAAUCCGUCACUAUAUGCUUGCAAUAAAAUAAACUCCACUUCAAACUCUACCACAA